AUGAUGCGUCGACCGGGGAUGGGGGGCUCUAUUCUCAACACUGACGGCCAGCAAGCCUAUAUGACCUUACCGGGAAGCGAUCGCAACGCCAAAGCCUCCACUCGGCAUCGAAGGAAAAAGAAAAACCUACAGGAAGAGAAUAUUCGCAUGCUGCAGGACCUCAAAGAUGACCAAGAGGCAAUGGCUGAUCAAAUCGAGUCUCUGACACGCCAGCGUGACUUUUAUCGCGAGGAGCGAAACCGCCUCAGAGAUGUUGUGCUCCGCACACCCGCCAUAAGCCAGCAUGCCUCCGGUCCUCCGAGCCCGAUUUCUACGAGGAGCGUCAACUCCUACGCCGAUCACAGCCCUUUGGGCAGCCAGCCACGGCUGCUGCAUACGCCGUCCCAGGGCUAUCGCAGCGAGUCAUCGUCUGUCGAGCGGCCAGCGCAGCGACGGAGAACCGACGAUCGCCCAGAAUACUCAGUCAAUUACUCUACACAGCCAGGACCUCCACCUACGACGCUGCCUCCUCUGCAAGUCCACCCUCAGGACGGCAAGAGGGCAAGCCUCACUCUUCAAAUGGCGGCCAACCACUGCCAGAAGCCAACACUACACUAG